AAAUUACUUGCGCGACACCAUUAGCUGUGUGUUUUGGUCAGCUGGAACGGCUUCCGUGACGCGCAUGCGCUGUCGCAGCAGCAGUCGACAACUACCAGUUUAGUUGUGGUUGCUACUACCGCUAGCAUAGUUGUCGCUUUCUGGAUACAACUAUGGAGAUUGAUGCGAUACUGGAAGCUUUCAGAGGUCAAUUUAUAGUGAUUUGAAUGAAUACACCACCAUACAAAUAAUUGCAUGAUUUAUUACGAUUUCCUCAGGCAAAUGUGUGUUGUUGUGGCCCGGGAGAUAAACGCAGUUCUCAAGCGUCUAGUGGCGAGAGGACGUAUAGGAAAGUACAGCGUGUGUAUAACAAGUGAUUCAGACUUUGAGGAGAAAGAGACGAAAGAGUCCUGUCCAAUUUUAGAGCAACUCCUUAUUGAUGUCGCGAAGACUGGGGAAACGUUCAUUCCCUGGUCAAAGUUCAAAACAUAUUUUCUUUUCAAGAUGGAAAACGUUAUGGAUGACUUCCAUGCCUCUUCCCCUGAACAAAGAGGGUCUCCUAAUCCAAAUGUAGUCUAUGUCCCCUUUGAUGCGAUGAAGGAGAGGAUUGUGAAAAUAGUCGAUGGCUACAGUGGUGUUCCCUUCACCAUCCAGCGUCUGUGUGAGCUGGUCACGGACCCCACUAGAAACUACACUGGAACAGAAAAGUUCCUCAGGGGUGUGGAGAAGAAUGUGAUGGUGGUGAGCUGUGUCCGCCCUCCAUCGGAGAAAAACGGGGAAUCUACUGUAAGCCGAAUGAAUGGAGGGCCGUGCCCUGACAGCUGCCCUGUGCAUUCAGACAGCGCUGUGGACAGCAGGGAGCGACAGCCACCACCAGAGGACGGGACAGAGCGCCACCUCAGUGGCUCCAUGUCCCAAGAGGGGGAGGGGAGUCCUCGAGCCCGACGGGAGAAGAGCCAGCGCUGGGGGACGGAGGACCGCCCCCACAGACCCCUUCAGGAGGUCAAGAGGCUCAAGGUCGAGCACCGCCAAGCGGAGGACACGGCGGGUGACGAGGGCGAGCGGAGGGCGUCGACCUCUCCGACGGGGUCAGGGGUCGUCACGGAGACGCAGGAGUCCCCCCGGGGCACUGGCAAAACGGGCAAGAACGCUGCGUCUUCAGGAGCAGUCGCCUCUGGAUGUUCGGGUAGGCAGGAAGUUAUGAUACAGGAGCCGGGCAGUCCUACAUCUCCACCUUCUAAUAGGACAGAGGAGUCCUCAUACAGCGGGACAGACCUGGACCCUGACCUUACUCUGCAAACUGACAUGACCACAGACCCAUCAGAGCAGCUUGACCCCUCAGGGACGGGUCAAAGCCCAGAAGGUCAGAACAAUGGGGAUGGCAGCGCUGAUGGGGCUAGCCUAAACGAUAACAAACCACCACUCUCAUCUGCCUGUAGUACAGCUGACCUGCCUACAGAGGGUGCUGCAGAGUCCAAAUGAUCUUGUGAACUAUCAGGCUCAGCUUAGUUUACACUGUAUGAUACACAUCAAAGAUGUGGGUUCUCUACUAUUACAUGUGCUAGAAAUAGGGCUGCACUAUUCACGGAGAGUAUGGAUCUAAAUUGUUUGUAAAACUCAGGUCUGAAAUAAGCAGGUGUCUAAAUGUGGUGUUGGAAAUUCAGUAAUGGAAUCGACUGUUGCAUGCAUAAACUGAAGUACAUUUAAAUCUAUUUAAAAAUAUUUUUUAUUGUCUGUAGUUUUUGUGUAUCACAAACAACCUCAACUGUGCUUACAGCCACCAUUUCUUACUCCAAUUUAUUUAGUCAACAGCUUGGUUGGUUUGCCAUAGAAUUCCUUUUGUACCACAAUAAGCACACAUUUUUUGAUCCUAGAAUGAUAUAUUAAUGAUAUAUUAAUAGGCAUUUAUACCUUAUCUUCUUUUUGCAGUAUGAAAUACAAUUGAGCACUAAAAUAUAAUGUGGAAAAAUAUAGUGUGCAGUUAACUUUUAUGAAGUAAUGAUCAGUUUGAUUAUUACAAACUUUGAUUGUGAGGUCUGUCUUUAGUGAUAAACAUAACAUCUGGAAUUUUUAUAUUUUUUACAAACCAUUCCCCUGCCUUUGUAAAAUAUAAUAAGGUGGAUCUUGAAUGGUUGAGUUGUCAUGGCUUUCAAGAAAGACAAUAAAUGAUCAUGUGUUGAAGUGUGGUAAAUAAUUUAUUCAAAGUAAUGCAUUUUUCUAAAUUUUUUUCCCUCCUUUUAGUAAAGAUGUUUUUAUCUGAGUUAGACAUAACUGUAGAAGCUUGGGACAACUAAGCCUUUGAAGUAUUUGUUGCAGACCAAUGAGCAUUCUGAAAUUUAGAGAACCCUUCAUGCCUACCUACUGUAGAAGCAUGCAGGCAUAUAUGAAACUCUUGAUUCAUUUGAAACACAAAAACACAUAUUUCUGUCAAACUCUUGGUUGAUAAGAGGAGGUAUGAAUCAUUUUAAUCUUAGUGGAAUUAUUCAGUGAGUCUUCAGACUGCUGGGACACUUGGAGGCUAAGAUCAGCGGUUGUUGUCGUCUGUGUCCCUAUGAGGCCUGUGUCAGAAGCUUUACAAGCUGUGAGGAGGCUGAGCGUUUAACCUGCAAAUUCAAUUACCCAAAGGCCAGUGUCUAAAGAUAUCCAAAAUGAGACUAGACUGAACAAGCUAGUUUUUGUUCAUGACCACGACGUGACCACCUAUGAUUACCAGCACUGGUCAAUAUUGAUGUUUUGUUAUUAAUUUAAUUAUAAUGGUUAUGUCUGUGAUCAUGACGUUAAAAACAAUUCAACUUCUCAUUUGUUAAAGACAAAUAUAAGUGUGUAAGACAUCCUGCAAUAUAAGAAUGAAAGUCAAAGAAAGUAGAUACCGACCAUAGAUUGGUCAUAUCUUUCUGGAUGAACAAAGUGUAAGACUUCAGUCAGAAUUAACAACAAAAAGAAAAAGCAAUGGGAGAAAAAUGUCCCUAAUGGGACAGAGACAAGGUGUGGGGGGUGACCCAGACAAGACGAUUUGUGUGGCGGAGAUCCAGAGUGGUCCAAGAAGUUAUUGUUUGAAUGCCUCUUCCUCAUGAGCUCAAGAGCCUUUUUGAUGUGACGAACAACAAGGAGGCUGCUGAUGAGUUUGACAACGUGUUCUGAGCUUUUGACAAAUGGAGUAAGCAUAUCUGUUUUCAAGGAAUACAAUUUGUAUAAACUGGAAAAUCAACCUGUUUCCUCGUUUCUCAGUACAUCACCUACUUCAUAAGAUCAUUCUCCACAUCUGUGUCAUCAGUCAAACUGGCACAAAAGCUUUUUAUUCAGAUCACAGUGUCAUGAAAACUUCAUCCUUAAUUCGUUUCCCUUUCUUUUUUGCAUAAUAAGGACAACAACAUUGACUUCCUGGAAUAUGUGGCAUCAUUGAACCGGGUGUUGAGGGGCAAGUUGGACCCCACGCCCAAUGGAUUCUAUUUUAACUUCUUUAAAUGAUGUAGGUAAUGUUUUGAACAGAAGUGCAAUUUAUGGACUACUACUGUCUAUAAAAUGGCAAGCUAUACAACGCUCUGCAAUCUCAAGAGAGAAAUGAACAUUACAUGAAACAUGCUGCCUGACUGUCUACAUAGGGGCUGAAGAAGGCCUGCCAUGGGGAACUGGAUUAACAGUGUAACCCUUGACCAUGACCAGGUGGUGGACUGGACCUCUGAGCUGGUGGAUGAGAAUGAAGACGGUGAGAGUAAAAGAUUAGGAUCAUUAUAGAAUUUUGGCUGCAGUGGCUUUGUGCAAUCAUUUCUUCAUGAAUAUUGCAUGUGUGUGUGAUAUCGAGGAGCUCUAUCUGGAUGCGUUCAUGGACCGAGCUGGGAGGGAUAAGUGGGUCAUGAAGAGGCUACGGAUGGACCUGAAUCUCAAAGACUGGAUGAAAGGACCAGAAUGCAGCGCUGACUUCUCAGUCUGGGAUACGAUUGAUCCUAAAUCACCCGUACACAGCUUCUAAACAUAAAGUACCUUUAUACCUGAACAUAAUAGAACCACAUGUAUCAUCUUUCAUCAUGUGAAUGUAGCAUGAC